AUGGAUUUCAUGAAACAAUUAGCUAAUAGCAUUUCCAUCUUCAACAGCUCUGUAGGAGCAAUCCACCGUCCAGCAAUCCUUGAGUUAAUUACUCAAUUUGAUGUACAAGGGGUAUGGGAGGUUCUCAAAUCACACGACAGAUCCAAACGUCCUCAAUAUAUCGCUGAAACAAGGGCAAAAUUCAGUCGAGAACUCUUCAAUCCGAAAACACAGUCAAUACGAGGGUUCGUCAACACUUUGAAAAGUCACCAACGACUCACAUUGGACACCGAGCCCGUAAUCACAGAUAUGGAAGUUUUUCAUUAUCUUCUACAAUCACUUCCCGAAAACGAAAAGUGGCAAUCUAGCAGAUCCUUUAUUCUAAAUACAGAACUGUCACUUACCGAUACCAUCUCAAACCUCAGCGUAAUCGAAAAGCUAAUCGAAUCCUCUGCAGUUUUCGUCGAUACAAUUGGAACAUGUGGUGGUGGAAGAGGUAGAGGACAGGGGCGAUACAACAAGGGCCUAUCUAGAGGUCAAGGUCGUGGAAACAGUCGUCCACAGGAUAAUACUCGAAUAAUUAAGAGUAGAGAUCAAGAAACAGAUCGAGCACCAGAGGGAUGCAAAAGAAGCAAGGAAUCGAGACAGAACGAAGGGAAGACAGGGGGCAAGGCACAGAUUGCACAAGUAGUAGAAGAAUACGAAGACGAUGCUUUCCUUUAUAAUACUACUGCUAUACAAUCACGUAUGACUAUGCUCUAUUCUACCUGGAUAUUAGAUUCAGGUGUUUCUAAUCACUUCACUGGAAUCGUUGACAACAUUGAAUAUUUUCAACAAUGGUCUACUCCAAGAAAGGUGAAAGUGGCCAAUAACACAUAUACCGAAUAUACCGGAUACGGGAAGGCAAAGAUUGGUGAUAUAGAACUUUCCCUAAUAUAG